GGCAUACCUAUAUACAUACACACACACAUUGAGCAGCUAGCUUGUCUCGAAGGUGUACAACAUAUAUAAAGCUAGCGUACAUUGGUUUAUAAAUUAGAUUGUGAGAGAGAGAGAGAAUGGAGAAGCUUACGAGUGUUGUGGUUAUAUUUUUUGGCGUUGUUGCUGUGGUGUUUUUACAAUGCGUAACAGCACAAACGGUACAUGUGGUGGGAGAUAGCAUUGGUUGGACCGUACCAACAGGUGGUGCUUCCGCAUAUCAAACUUGGGCGGCCAGUAAGCAGUUUGUGGUUGGUGAUAUCCUAUCGUUCAACUUCAUUACAAAUGAGCACGAUAUUCUUCAAGUGCCGAAAGAAUCCUAUGACAGUUGCAGUUCAUCUAAUCCCAUCGGCGACACCAUCACCACUGGUCCUGUCAACAUAACUCUGUCCACUGCUGGCACCCACUACUACAUCUGCAGUCUCGGUCGGCAUUGCCUUUCAGGCCAGAAGUUAUCUAUUACCGUCUCGAGCUCUCCAAGCGGUGUCCCACCUACGAGUAUGAGUACUCCACCUUCCACCCCAACAACUCCUGCCACACCAUCUCCGACAUCAGGGAGCCCUGCUGAUUGCGCUCCAACUCCUGCAUCAUCCCCGACUACAACUCCAGGGACAAUUUCACCACCUGAUUCUUCAUCGUCUGGUGUCUUUGCUAAUUUAUUUAUUUCCUUCUUGUCCAUUGCCAUGGGCUUCCUUUUCUAAGGAAUAAGAGUGGAAUUUAGAGUCGAUAAUACACUAUAUGUACUGUGAUGUUAGAAUUUUAUUUGCUU